AACCUCUCUUCCCUCUUCUCUUCUUCCUUUACUAUUAUUAUUAUUAUUUAUUAUUUAUUAUUUAUUUUACUCUUUUUCAUAGAUUCAUUCCUUGAAGCUCGCUCUAUUGCUUCGCUUUUCGAGCUCCUACUUUUUCCCCUUUCUCUUCUUCUUCUCUCUGUUUCAACUAAAAAGAGAAGGGAAAAAAAAAAAAAAUCCACAGCAUAGAGUUCAGUCUUCUCCCACUCGGAUUCUCCCCUUUUUCAGCUUUCCUUUCGAUUUCCCAGUUCGAUUCCUUUUCACUUCUAGAUUUCUUUCCCUUUUCCCGAUUUUGAUUUCCAAAACCCACUUGGGUUUUCUUUUUCUCGGAAAAUUUCACUCACUUUCUCGGUUAUUUUCCCGGAAAAUUUCAUCCCCUGUUUCUGUUUGGAUGAACUGUUCGUUGUUCUUAGGGUUUAUAGCAAUUCUGGGUUGAGUUUAGAUUUUUCUUUUCUUUUCUUUUUUUUUUUUUAUUAUUAUUAUUCUGAUUUUUUCUUUUUGUUCUUUUGUAUUUGUUGGUUUGGUUUGUAAAGGUGCAGUGACUUUUUUCUUCUUUUUUGAAGGGUAGAUUCCUCAGAGUACGCCUUCACAGAAGAAAGAAAAAAAAAAAGUAUUCUGAUUCCAUUCAAAUGCUUGUUGAUUUAACGCCCUUAUUGUCGAAUUCGUGAAAUAUCUCUUCCCAUUUGAUGCAUUUUCUCUCUGGGUUCUUCCUGUUUUUUCCUCUAUUUAACAAUUUCAAAAAUCUCUUUCCCACAAAUCAUUUUCUUCUUCUCUCUGUUUUUAUUUUAUCAUGAACACCUUCUUUGAAUCUGUUUGAUUUUUUUAUUCCCCAAAUUUGAAAUCCAGUUUCAUGAAGUGGGAAAUGGAAAUUCUGUCUCCUUCUCUUGUUUCCACCAUGAGUUGGAGUUCCGGCGACGGUAAGAGCUCGAGAUGGACCGUCGCCGAGAACAAAAUGUUCGAAAAUGCCCUUGCUAUUUUCGACACCGAUACGCCAGACCGGUGGCAGAAGGUCGCGUCGAUGAUCCCUGGAAAGACGGUCGGGGAUGUGAUCCGGCAGUAUAAAGAAUUGGAAGCUGAUGUUAGUAGUAUUGAAGCUGGUUUGAUCCCAAUUCCUGGCUAUGACACUUCACAAUUUACAUUGGAUUGGGUUAGUAGUCAUAGCUAUGAUGGAUUUAAGCAAUCGUAUGGACUCGUCGGUAAACGAUCGUCCGCGCGGUCGGCAGAUCAGGAGAGGAAGAAGGGAGUUCCAUGGACUGAGGAAGAACACAAGUUGUUUUUGAUGGGGUUGAAGAAGUAUGGGAAAGGAGAUUGGAGAAACAUCUCGAGAAAUUUCGUGGUAACUCGAACUCCGACCCAAGUAGCUAGUCACGCUCAAAAGUACUUCAUUAGACAACUCUCCGGUGGAAAAGAUAAGCGGAGAGCAAGCAUCCACGAUAUAACCACCGUCAAUCUCAACGACACAAGAAGUCCAUCGCCCGAAAACAAGAAAUCGGUAUCACCGGAGCACACAACCGUUCUCCCAUGCCACUCAAAUCCAUCAUCAACCGUGCCACGAACCGCCUUCAAUUGGAACCAACAACACAACACUAAUGGAGCAGCCAUGGUUUUCAACCACUCCAAUGGGAAUGUUUUCAUGUCCCCGAGCGUGUUCGGCGUCAACUCGUAUGCUGGCCUUCGGCUGCCGGAGCAUCACCUACAAAAAGAAAAAGGGACCUUUCUGCAAAUUGCAGAUUCUAUGUUGGGAAGACAAGGCAUUUAGAGAUGGGCAAUGUGCUUUGCUUAGUCAAUGAAAAAUGUUGUGCAAGGAAGAAGCUAAGUAAGUUCAAAGAAUGGUUCUUCUUGAUAAGAUUCUAGUCCAUAAUUCGAUUCGACAAGAAUCGUUUCGCCGAAGAAAAAGAAACCCGUCUUCUUCAGAGUCGAGCCGAACGAAAUACCGAAACUGGAGAAAGUUCAGCAUCUUCACAUUCAAUUUGAAAGAAAGGAAAUGGAGCUUUGUGUUUCUUUUUAGACAAUACUCAUCAUAUGCUUAUAUCAAUCAUUGUCUAUUUUUACUAUUAAGCAUGUUAUUUGGCUA